GUUUUUGAUGAAAUAAGUCAUCUUGAUAGUAAUGCUAAUUACUUUAGCAUUCUAAACAGAAUUAUAAAGUAAAGUAGAUUCAGUUAUGGCAUAAAUGGAUAAAAUGUCACUAAAAAAUGAUUUUUCAAAGUAAUUAGCAAGUCUUAUUGAACUUAAAAUGUUAUAAAGUUCUUAUGUAGAAGAAGUGUUAAAAGAAAUAAAAAGUAUUAGAGAUUAAUUAAUUGCUGAUUAAAGUGUUGAAGAUUAAGAAUAUGCAAAAGUAUAAGAAUUUAAUAAUAUUACUUUAGAAAAUUGGUUAAUUGAAUGUAGAAAUAGAGAUUUUAGAAAUACAAACAGAAAAGCUUGCAAAAGAAUUACAACGAUUGAAUCAAUAAAUAGGAGAAUUGAAUGAAGAUAUAAGCAAAUUAAUUGGUACUUAAUAAUCUUAAGAGAAAUAAUUAAAUACUUUAAAUUCAAAAGAAGAGGAAAUAAGAAAUUAAUACAAAAGUGAGAUAGAAACUUUAAAAGUAAAAUAGUUUUUGAUACAUAUUAUUAGUAAAGAACAACAAAUAAUAUAAAAUCAAUAGAUGGAUUAAAUGAAAUGAUUGGUAAAUUAUAAUAAGCAGUAUUUGCAGAGUAAAAUAAAACAACAAUUCUUUCUUAAUAACAUACAAAACAAUAUGUUGAUGAACUUAGAAAUUCUUUAGGACCUAAUCAUCCUUUGACUGCUUUAGUAGCUGUAACUACAAAGUAAAUAUAUAUUUAUAAUAAAUAUAGAUUUGAUGUACCUACUGUAACAAGAAUAAUUUAAUUACUUGAAAAUAUUAGGGAUUAAAGAAUAAAUGAAAAUGCUGGAGCAGAUGAAUAUGAAGCUAAAGUUACAUAGGCUUAUUAAAUAACUUUAAAAGAAGUAACAGAAGUUAGAGAAAGAUUAAGUGCUGAUUAUUCUAGAACUUUAGUUACACUUAAAAGAAGAAAUGAAGAAAAUGUAAUUUUAAUUUAUUAAUAUUAUAGACACUAUCAACAAAGUCUAGAAAUUAAAUAUAAAAAGAUUUACCUAUUGCUCAAGAUUUACUUUAAUAAUAUAGAAAUGAAAGAGAAAUUGUCUAAUCUAAUUACAAUCUUAGAUCUGCUAAAAGAGAAAAUGAAGUUAAAAUCAUUACUCAAGCUUAUACUAUAGUAGCUUAAUAAGUAAGAGUAUGA